AUGACAGAUGGAAAUGAGAUUCCAAGCCCAAGCAGGCAUGACUAUGCAUCGCUUCUGGUGGGGGCUCAUCUACUUCAUUUUCACCCGUGUGUGGAUGGAUUCCCAGGCAGACUCUUGGGCCUUGGAAAUCAUGUUGAACGGCUACACCAUAGAGUUCCGCAGUCACCCACCAGAAAGAUUCCUAGUUUCACCAAUCAGCAAGUCAGCAAGAGGGACAUUGUCAACAAGGCCAUCUGCCAUCUUUUGGACAUUCGUGCCAUAGAACCGGUUCCACAUUCUGAACGAGGACAGGUUCCCAAGAAGAAUAGUGACUGGAGAGCCAUACUGGAUCUCAAAUUUCUGAACAGGUUCAUCAGGCUUCGUCAUUUUCAAAUGGAAACCUUGAGAUCCAAAAUAGACUCUCUUCUACCAGAUGAAUUCCUCACAGAGGCCUACCUUCAUGUUCCAGUUCAUCCACCGCACAAAUGUUUCCUUCGCUUUUGUGUGCGUUGUCAAUACUUACAAUACAGGGCACUUCUGUUCAGCCUGUCCAUGGCACCCAGACUCUUUUCCAAGCUAAUUGUCAAGCCUGUAGUAUAUCUCAGAAGACAGGGGAUUCAUGUCCACCCAUAUCUCGACGCCGUAGUGGUACAGGCUGUCAACAGGGAGGCUUCCAGCUGGAACACCCAAGUGACACUACAGUGUCUUCAGAACCACGGGUUUCUGGUCAAUACUGUCAAGAGCUCUUUCUGUCCAUUCCAGAGAAUCGAACACUUGGGGGUGGUGAUCGAUGCAAGAUGCGAUCCGCUUUUCUUGCCAUUGCCCAAGGCCAAGAGGAUCCAGGAGUUCCUCAUCAAGCCUGAUGACCUUGGCCACGCUCCUGGGCCUAAUGAUUUCCAGCAUAGACAUGAAAGGGCUAUUGCAAAACACGAAGUUCGAGAAAUUGAGCAACGUCAUACGAUAGAUGGCUCUCGAUCAGAUGCAGUUCUGGAUGAAGAUGAUGAUUUGGUGAUAAUUUAUAAUCGAGUCCCCAAAACUGCUAGCACUUCAUUUACAAAUAUUGCUUAUGAUCUUUGUGCAAGAAACAAGUAUCAUGUACUGCAUAUCAACACAACCAAAAAUAAUCCUGUUAUGUCUCUGCAAGAUCAGGUACGAUUUGUGAAGAAUGUAACUUCUUGGAAAGAGAUGAAACCAGGGUUUUAUCAUGGACAUAUAUCCUUUUUGGAUUUUGCAAAAUUUGGCAUUAAAAAGAAACCAAUAUACAUCAAUGUUAUAAGAGAUCCUAUAGAGCGACUGGUUUCUUACUACUACUUUCUGCGUUUUGGUGAUGAUUACAGGCCUGGACUCCGAAGACGAAAGCAAGGGGAUAAAAAAACCUUUGAUGAAUGUGUAGCAGCUGGAGGCACAGAUUGUGCCCCUGAGAAACUCUGGCUUCAAAUUCCAUUCUUCUGUGGCCACAGCUCUGAAUGCUGGAAUGCGGGAAGCAGAUGGGCUUUGGAACAAGCCAAAUACAACUUGAUUAAUGAAUAUUUCCUAGUGGGAGUUACUGAAGAGCUUGAAGACUUUAUUAUGUUGCUGGAGGCAGCUUUACCCCGUUUCUUCAGGGGUGCAACAGAACUAUAUCGUACAGGAAAGAAGUCCCAUCUUAGGAAGACGACAGAGAAGAAACUCCCCACAAAAGAAACCAUUGCAAAGCUCCAGCAGUCUGAAAUGUGGAAAAUGGAGAAUGAGUUCUAUGACUUUGCACUAGAGCAAUUUCAGUUCAUCAGAGCACAUGCAGUUCGAGAAAAAGAUGGAGAAUUGUAUAUUCUGGCACAAAACUUUUUCUAUGAAAAGAUCUACCCUAAAUCGAACUAAGAGCAAUGAGUACUGUUAGAUUAGGGGACUAAACCUUUGGCCAUGUCCUUGUUGCUUUCAGCCCCAAUGUGUAGAUUGCUGAUACACCAAUCCAGGCUCUUUAGUCUUGAGUUCAGUAGACUAAGUUAUGGAUUGUUCAAAGAAGAUGGCUACCAACUAGGUAUCUUGGCAGUCCAAAAGUAUAAGCUUCGGUGCCCCUAUGUUUUCAGGGGAAGUUACUACCCAAUACCUGAGGAAGCUUACAUAUUCAUUUACAGAAACUAACCAUAUAUCUAUUAUAGCUGAAACUAUAACAAUGAAAGGAUUCCUUUUAGUGCUCUUCUUGAUUCUAGGACAGUUUAUUUUACGGAACCUCCUGGGAAGAGGAAGAAGCUUGUCCCCUAGCUUCAACAUGGAGAUUUUGGUUGUAUACACUUAUGAAUAAUGUUAAUAACUGGCUGACAUCUGUGCUUCGUUCUUGUGAAUCCAUAUCACGUGACAUUCAUUGGAAUGUUCAGUCAUGUCUUGCUGAGAGAGGCAACAGUUGAAUGUGCCCAUAUAUAGAGAUGUGGGCUUUCAUUUUAAGAAGCUAGGACUGGUCAUCAGCGUGUGUGAAAAUUUGAAUUCCAUAGUGAAAUUGUCAAAAGGGCAAAAUUAUAGGCAGUAUUUCUUUGCCACCCUCUGUACUUCCAGCUAUUGUUGGGAAAACUCUCUAAAGCUGGCU